AAUGAACAUAUUCUUUCUCCAACCCCAUACAUAUAAAAUAAUUAAUGAUCCUCCUUUGGAAGGGAUAUCUUCCAAUAAUAUCUUUUAUCAAAUGGUAGCCUUUUGGAAACUUGCCUGUGGAUUUGUCUCAGAAAUUUUGAAGGCCGAAGAAAGUGAUAAGCAAAAGUAACCUAUAAUGACACUCUUUCACUUGCCUUCAUUAACACAAAAGCUUACCCCUUAACAUUUUACCUCUAUUUUUUGAGUAAAGAUUAGUUUGCAAUUGCACAUAAACAAGGGGAAGGUGUUGGAUACGCAUGACAAAGCAGAAGCUGUCGCUAUUGCAUGUGGCCAGGGCGUUGAAAUCCUAUAAUAAUAAUGCCCCACUUCACACUCCAUGUGCGAUGCUGCAUGUCCCUGCUGGCUUAGCCUCUCUCUCACAUAACAUGACCCAUUCAGUUACUUCACCGCAACAAAAUUAACGUUGUUCUUGUUCACUUCACCAACACCAAGCAUUAACUUACAUACAAUCUCGCUCUUGUCAAGAUUAUGCUCUGACAUUCUGCUUGGCAAUUGAAUUGGCAUGGAUUCCAAGGCAAUUCUUGAUUAUGCUCUGUUUCAACUCACUCCAACCAGGACCAGAUUUGAGUUGUUAGUCUUUUGUGGAGGUGUUCAUCAGAAAAUAGCUUCUGGGUUGUUUCAACCUUUUAUUUCUCAUCUCAAGUUUGUGAAGGAUGAGAUCUCCAAAGGUGGAUACUCGAUUAAGCUUCUGCCUCCCACAAACGGUGCAUUCUGGUUCUCCAAGGCCACGUUUGAGAGAUUUGUGCGCUUUGUCAGCACACCAGCCAUUCUGGAGAGGUUUGUGAGCAUUGAAAAAGAAAUUCUUCAGAUUGAAAGUUCAUAUCAAGCUAAUGCAUUAUCAAUCUCCAUUGCAAAUUCGGAUGAAGGAACCACACCACAAACCAAUGGCAACACAAGGAGGUUAAGUGAUUCUACAAAGUUAAAUGAUGAAGUUGAAGGUGUGGACAAUAAAGAAGAGGAAAACUCAAAGAUUUCCCUGCAACGUUUGUUGGAGUCUCGGAUAGCACUAUUACGGAAAGAGCAAGCAAUGGCUUAUACACGUGGCCUAGUUGCUGGAUUUGAAAUUGACAGUAUUGAUGAUCUCAUAUACUUUGCAAAUACAUUUGGAGCAGUGCGUUUAAGGGAAGCCUGCAUUAAUUUUAAGGAAUUAUGGAAGAAAAAGCAUGCAGAUGAUCUUUGGAUAAAAGAAGUAGCUGCUAUGCAGUCAAGUUUACCGCAAGCACUCUCAUUGUGUGGAACAUCAGGAAUUAUACUAGCAAAUGAUAUAACCACCCAUGAUCAGAGCAACAAAAGUAAUAGCUCUAAGGACAGUAUUCCUUCUAGUGAUGAAAACAUAUUUCUGGAAACAUCAAAUUCUGCUACUUUAAACCAAAAAGAAGAGGCAAACUUGUCUACACCAGAUCAGAACCCUUCUCAUGCAGCAAAUGCUCAUAUGCCAAUGCCCUGGCCAUACAACAUACCUCCAUAUAUGUAUAAUCUUCAGAAUCCUAUUCCACAAAUGCCUUCAUACCAAGGAUAUCCUUUGAACAAUAUGCAGCCUGUUCCUCCUUACAUUCUAAGAAAUAUGCAAUGGUCUUCUGACCUGGGAGUGAAUCAGAAACCUUCAGCAACCAAAAAGGAAAAAUCUCUUUAUAAGAAAGGACCAGGAGAAUAUGAAGACCAGCAGACAGAGUCCAGUGACCCUGAUUCUAGGAGUGAAUCUGAUUCAGAUGAACAGAAGGACUCCAAUCAUUCGUCCAAGGAUGAUGUGAAGAGGAAAAAGCACAGAAGAAAGUCAUCAGGAACAGUUGUGAUUCGUAACAUCAACUACAUCACUCCAAAAAGGAGAAAUGGAAAUGACAGUGGAGUCUCUGAUGAAUCAUUAGAAGAUGAUUAUGUCAUUGAUGAAGAAACCAUUAAACAGAAGGUUGGUGUAGCACUUGAAUCUUUGCAGAAGGUCCACAAAGUUGAAAAACGUGCUAAUGGAAAAAAAGCAGUGGCCCGGGGCAACAUAACUAAAUCUAGUGAAACAACUGAUGAGGAUCUCCCUGAAAACUUGAGUGAUACAUCGGAAGGAGGAAAUAAAAAUGACAACUGGGAUGCAUUCCAGAACCUUUUAAAGAUAGAUGAGGGGACUGCAACUGAUGGACCAGAAAUGAUGCGGCCAAUUGAUGUCCAGGAUGAACAUUUUGUGGUGAGAAAAUCUGAAAUAAAAAUGCCAUAUGAUGCUAGUUCAUCUCCAAACUUGAAUUUCAAAGUUCUGAAGAAUCCUAAAGUUCAGAAUGACUCUUUUAUUGUGACUCAUAGAGAUGGCCGAAAUGAAGACAGAUACAAGAUGGAUGAGUAUGUAGACAACUGUGGUCCAGUUACAAAGAGCAGGGAUAAUAUGGGUGAAGAAAUGCUGUUAUCACUUAGAUCAAAAGAACUAGUUAAUGAACUUGGUGAUCCUUUAUCUACUUUUGUUGCUGAUUCAUUGGAAACAAAGGGCAGAUCAUCAGAAGAUUGGUUUAUUGUUGAUAAUUUGGAAAAGACGAGGAGCCCUCCAAUUGUGCCUACAAUGUUUGAUGGUGAUUACACUUUAGCAUCAGUACAUGGUUGCUCCCAUGCUGACAAAAGAAAUGAAGGAACUCUCAUUGAUGAUUCCUUCAUGAUACAGGGUCAAUUGGUAGAUAACAAUCUUUCUGAUUCACAAUGGAAGACGGACAUAAGUAUGGUUGCAGAUCUAACUGCUGCCAACAAGCUUGAAAGUCACACAGCUGCUUUUAAUGAGAAACAUGCAUUAUCAAAGAACCAGGAGCCAAAUGAUCUCUUUGUAGUUCUACAACGCGAUUCUGGAUUGGAUUUUGUAGAGGCCUCACGGACAAUGGACUAUGAAAUUGACUUCUCUUUCUCAGGAACUGAAAGAAUAUCCUCUAUUGAUGAUGCACAUGACAAUGUGAAUAACAACCUUCCUGUUAGUCCUAAGAAAACCAAUGUGACCAAAAGCAAAGUUUCAGGAACAAGAAGUUGUGAAAAAGAAGAAAAAUCAAAGGCCUUGCGUGGAUCCUUUGGAAGGGGCAAGUCUGAAAUCAUGUCUAGGACCAGAAAGCCAUCACUACCAAGUAGGCCUAUAGUUCACAAGAGCAAAAGGGAACAGGAAGAUGAGAUUAGGAAGAAGAUGGAAGAGUUGGCAAGUGAACGCCAGAGGAGAAUUGCUGAAAGAACUGCAUCCUCUGGUCUUGCUCGAGCUGUGCCCAGGAAAGACCAAAUUGAAGGUAAAACAGCAAGGAUCUCUGCUAAAAGUGACAAGAAUAAGACUCAACCAGUAAACAGAAUCAGUUCUGUGAAGGUAAGGGGAAUUUAGCAAGACUUGUGAGUUCUAUGUGGAUGCAGGCGCAGCUAUUAUAAGAUACAAUACACGGUGAUUCUACAUGGUAAAGUGUAUUUAAAUAACCGUUGAUUAAAGUGAAAUGAAUUGUUUUGUUUUAUAUAAAGUGUAAGUCAUUGGAUGUAUUCAGACUUCAAAUAUAUUCUUUUGUUUCACGGUUGUAUAUCGAUACAUUCUUUAUCCUCAAGAAGAAUGGCCAGUGCCAAAUUCAGGUUGAAAGUUGUAGGUGAAAAUAAGUUGUCAAAAGUUUUGUUGCAUAAAAAUAAAGGUUGAACUUGAAUAGGUUGUGUGGCUUUAUAUAUGCUAGCAUUCUUUGUUUCUCUGAUGUAACUUAUGAAACUAUUAUAGCUUUAUUGUUAUGUUAAGAACUGUUAAUUGUUUUUCUCUUUUGAUUUCGUUGUUGGUUUAUAUUGCCACGAAGGCUAUGUUUAGAAGUUUAGAGGAAAAUGUUUAAUGGGUAAAAGAGAAAAGAAGAAAGGAUUGAUAAAAAAUACUACAAAUUGGAAGAACCCAAACUUACACGUCCAAAGCUUCUCUCCUGAUUCAAGCUGCUUUGAGAAGAAGAGCGCUUCCCUGUUAAUGGAUAUGGAGAUGAAUUGCCAGAGAUUCAACAAUUCAAGGAGGUAAUAAGAAUAUGAGAAACUUACUUUAAACAAGUUUGUAUCCCUAGUCCCACAUCGAUACAUGUGGGGACAGAUUAAAUAAACAAUUGGGUCAAUUGAUGAUCAUGAAGGCUCACCGCCUAAUCUGGUGAUCUCCAUUGCACUGGAGAGGAAGGUAAACUGUCCAUUUUUUCAAUAAGAAUUUAUCAUUGGAUUAUUAU